GAUAUCUAUUCAUACUAUCUUAAACAAGGAGGAGUAAAAGAAGAAAGUAUACCUAAUGAAAUAAAAAAGGUUGAUGGUUACAUUAGAAGUAAGAUUGGUGACUUACGCCGAGAAGCUCGAAAAUCUGAAAAGAAAAGUAUGGAAGCGGCCAAAGUACCACCCAAAAAUACAAGAACAUUAGCAAGUUAUAAACCAUCAGUAAUAAAUGGUCAUAAUGACGAUACAGAGAUAUCAAGUGCUGAGGAGAGUAGCAACGAUAGCUCUGAAAAUUCCGACAAAGAAGAGAAUCAUGAAACUGAAAAUUUAGAAAAUGUUACAGACGAUGCUUCUAAAGAUAUAAGUGAAAAGAUUGAUGACGAUCAAAGUUUUGAUGAUGACAAAAAUACAGAGUCUGCUAAAGAAGACAAUAAAGAUCAAGAUGAUAUUGUGAACGAAGAUGAGAAUCUCUAA